ACAGGCGGAGAUACUUGUUUACACUCGAUCGGCAAAGGUUCAUCCAGAUAUUUAAAACAUAUAUCAUGGCAUCUAAAUGUGUUUCUAAAGAAGUCAUUGCUGGUAUUGAGGCUGCGGCACUUGAAUGUCCUUUAUGUAUGGAACGUUUUGCUGACCCGAAGUCACUCCCAUGUAUCCAUUCAUUUUGUCUUCUGUGCCUUGAGAAAUGGACAAAAGAACGCCAAGGAAGACUCAGCUGUCCAAUCUGUCGUGAAGGGUGUCAGAUUCCAACAGGUGGUCUUAAAAAACUACCGAACAACAUUUUUAUCAACGGCUUGUUAGAAUACGUGAAUGCAUUGGAACAGAAAUCGGAACCCACCUGUGCUUGUGAGAAGAAAGCACGUUACUUUUGUCGAGACUGUGAUCAAUUGUACUGCAGAGAAUGCAAGAAUGCUCACAGAAAAAUAAAAACCACCAAAAACCAUACCAUGAUGACAUUAAAAGAGUACACAUCCAUUGAUCCAGUUAAAGAAUUUGCAUUAAAGCCUUUAAACUGCCCCACACAUACAAUGCCAUUUCAGUUCUUCUGUGACACGUGCAAAAAACCUGUUUGUGUCGGAUGUACACUAGUUGAACAUCCUACCAGCGGCCACAACAUUAUUGGUACAAAAGAUGCAUAUAAAACUUUUUCAAGUCUUGCUUCUCAACUUGUUACAAAAUCAUGUGAAACAAUACUCAAUUUUCAUGCUAUGAAUGAUGAACUUAAAAAGACAAAGUAUGUUUUAAGAUCAAAUUUCUCGAAAUGUAAAACAAAUAUCACAAGACAAGCGGAUGAGCUACACCGACUGAUUGAUCGCCAUAAGGAAGACCAACUACAGAGUCUUAAGAAAUCUUAUAGACAAAAGCUGAGGUCACUUGAAACUAAAAUCAGCGAUGUCGAAUUGGCCAUCAGUAAAUUAUCCAGUAUGCGUGGAAUCACACACAACUUGUUAAAUUGUCCUAACCAAGUUAUGGCACUGAUGUCAAGUUCUGAAACUACAGGAAGUCUGCAGAAACUGGUGGAGAGUGACGAAAGAACCGGACCUCAAGAUGUAGGUGUCUUAAAGUAUCCAAAUAGUAGAUUAUCUCCAUUACUGGAAAGCAAUGUUGUGAAGCAGCUACGUGAAACAGAAUCUCAAAUUUCACCUAUCAAAUCAACAGUUGAUGUACCACAUCUACAACAAUUACAGUUGUUUCCAGGAAUAUUUGGGGCGAAAAGUAUUACUAUAAAAACUGCAAAUGCACAAGGUAAAUAUGUGUAUAUCUUAGAUGCUAAGGUAAAGUGUUUAGCAAUAAACAAUAUGACAUUUGUUAAACAAAGCGUAGGUGCUGAUAGACACUUAAAGAAAAGGAGUAAAAUUGAAAUGAUUGGUGUUAACAUCAAAGAAAAUGGGGUUUAUGAGAUUCUUACUACUCGCAGUUCUUUGAAGAGUUGUACAUUGUUAUGUCUAAUUAUUGACAGAUCCAAUGCAUUUAUCAGUACAGUAGCGUUUGAUGAAUUUGGAAACGUAUCUAUGUGCGAGAAUCACUUUCAACCAUUUUAG